AUGAGCCGGCGGUAUUCCUUUGAGGAAGACCUUCCCCAACCUUACUCUCACUCGCUUUCACCUCAACAUACACAACCCUACGACCCUCCUCCUCAGCAACCACCAUCACAACUCUACGAUCCUCCUCUACACCCUCAACCCCCUCAACCCUACGACCCUCCACCCUACGAUCAAAUCUUGCCCUCUUUCAAUCCCGCAACACACCCCGAAAGUGCUUUCAAUCGCUUGCGAGCGGAAAGACGAUACAGCAGAGAAGGCACAGCACCAGUACCAGCACCCCCUCCCCAUCGUGAUACAGAAGGGCGAAGCAGGGGAAGAGAGCUGGGCUUCACAAACUCGGGCGUAUCCAACGUCACACCUGGCGUCGACAACUUCGGAGAACAAGCAGCCGGCGGAUUAACAGGCAUCGCAAUGAGCGUGGCAGAUCACAACGCAAGAGAGAGCGGCUUGGAAGCCUUGAGGAAUACACCAGGCUACGACGGACAAAGAGACAUGUAUCCUUACGAUGACUACCAACACCAACGACCUCCUCCCCGACAAGAACAGUCCUCCUCUUCCCUAGCUCCCCUCGGCGCGGCUGCCUUUCCUCCUGGAAUGGCGACACCACAGUCAAGGUCGACCAUUUCACGGUCACCCCCUCAGAGCUAUCAUGAGCCUUACGCAGACACGCCUUACCGAUACUCGCGCAACCUCGAUCCAAGCAUGACUGACUUCGAUCCUAGCACCAUUGAAGACGACGGAGAUGACGGGUUGGAGUAUCGACAACCGAAUAGAGGGUCGAUGAUGAACCUGGCAUCUAACUCUGACAGAAAUGUACCUGCCGGGGCUGCAGUUGCUGGCGGCGCCGCUGCUGGUGGAAUCCUAGGAUCCCUCGGAGGCGUGGUGGGAAAGAGCGGAGCCAAAGGCACGCAAUACAACCCUGUUGCUGGAGCAGGUAAUUAUAAUAUGGGAGAGGAGAAAGGGAGCGAAUGGCUCAAGAAACAAUCACCCGGUAACAGCAAGAGGAAGAGGUGGACGAUCAUUAUCCUCGUCGGUCUUGCUAUUGCAGCUGCGAUCGUUGGCGGCACUGUCGGAGGCGUUCUGGGCAACCAGAGGAGAACAAAUAAGGCCAAUUCGGAUUCAUCCCAGUCAGCUUCCGAUGACACGAAGGACAACGGAGUUCUCGACAAGGACUCGGACGAUAUCAAGGCGCUGAUGAACAACAAGGAUCUCCACAAGGUCUUUCCCGGAAUGGAUUAUACUCCAAUGUACACUCAAUACCCCGACUGUCUGACAUACCCGGCUUCCCAAAACAAUGUCACCAGAGAUGUCGCCGUUCUCUCUCAACUCACCAACACCAUUCGACUCUACGGCACAGACUGCAAUCAAACCGAACUGGUCCUUGAGUCCAUCGACAAACUCGGUCUCAAUGACCAAAUCAAAGUUUGGAUGGGCGUCUGGCAAGACACAAACAAAACCACCAACGCACGACAACUCCAACAGAUGUACGAUAUAUUCGACAAGUACGGUGCCGACCAAUUUAUUGGCGUCAUCGUCGGUAACGAGAUCCUGUUUCGAAAGGAUAUGAACAUAACUGAACUCGGAACGCUCAUCACGGACGUAAGAACCAACUUGACCGCAAAGAACAUCAAGCUUCCUAUCGCAGCUGCAGACUUGGGCGAUAACUGGACCGCAGCUUUCGCGGCACAGGUUGAUUACCUGAUGGCCAAUAUCCAUCCCUUCUUUGCAGGCACCGACUCCAAGGCAGCCGCAGCCUGGACAUGGAAUUUCUGGCAGGAAAAAGACGUGGUACUCAAGACCGACCUCACUAAGAAUAUCAUCUCGGAAACCGGCUGGCCCUCUACAGGUGGCACUGAUUGCGGAGAAGCUACUACGUGUCCAGGAGCAGGAUCUGUUGCGGGUAUCAGUCAGAUGAACGAUUUUAUGGAUGGGUGGGUUUGUGAUGCGCUUGCGAACGGCACCAAUUACUUUUGGUUUGAGGCCUUUGACGAGCCGUGGAAAUUCAAGUUUAAUACAGCUGGCAAGGGGUGGGAGGACCAGUGGGGAUUGAUGGAUGUGAAUAGGAAUUUGAAGCCUGGGGUUACGAUUCCUGAUUGUGGGGGGAAGGUAGUGUCAUAG